AUGACUCAAUCCCCGGAAUGCAUGUUGUCGACUCUGAAUCUAAGCGCCCUUGAAUUGUCAAAGCUUGCCAACUUCGACGCUGCUCUUCACGAUGCCAACGUUAUGCAACAGACCUCGCCCUCUUCAGCAAUUGGAUAUAUACGUCCAGCCAUCAUUUACAGCGAACAAGGAAAACAGCUUCAAGUCAUCGAUGUCUGCACCAAGGGACUCAGCCUUGCUGAUACCAAAGAUACACACCAUGCUACAUUGCAACACGCCAAAGAUGUUGCCAUGCAACGCCAAAACAAGCGCAUUGACUUUAUCAGCCAACUUCCCGUUGAGAUUGUCGUUACAAGGCUCAUUCCCCUGUUUAUACGUAAUGAUCUUUUGGAUUCGAGCAUCCCGAAUGCGUACAUGCAUGUGUCAAAAGUAUGGCGCGAUCGUAUUCAUGGAUGCUUCGGUGGAUUACGAUUUAUGGUGGCCGUUGAUGAGGAUCGCAAGGAGCAAAAAUGUUCACAGCUCAUUCAGUUUGCUCAACACACAACGGGAUUGGUUGUUGGAUGGUAUUCACAAGGGACAUGGCUAAGUGAUUUACUACGUGAAAACGACUUUUGCAUGUUACGGGAGCUACGCAUUAAUGGCUAUGCAAAUGUGCAUGAUACCGGCUUUCUCUCAUCAUUAUCGUCAAUCAACAACACCUUGACGCAUGUCUAUAUCAGCCUCAACCGUGAACGCAACAUCCUACCCACAGCCGAUAUUGUCUCUGCUUGUCCCAAUAUCGAGACACUUCACAUCGUCAAUCCAUUCGAUGCUGAUAUGAGUUCUCUUCCUAUGACAACAUGGCCUAACAUGAAGACUUUAUCAAUCACCCAAGCAAGAAAAAGUAUAAGCAGCGAUCAGGUGGUCGAGAUAGCCCAACGUUUUCCAUCACUCAAAAGACUUACGCUGUUGCCAUGCAACGAUACCCAAUCUGCCUUGGCCUUGCCACAAUAUUGUUUAUCAAUCACAAGGCUUCACCGUUUGAUCAAUCAUCAAAGUGUGCAGCUCACCUAUUCGGAUGAAGGACAUCCAUGCAAUGAACCAGGAAUCACAUCUCUCUCUAUCCGCGGAUUCUUAUGGAUCCCAUGCAGCGAUUACCACAUCAUUCCUUUAUUGAAGCAUUAUCAGAAAAGAUUGAUCCACCUUGAAUGGGAUAUUGCGGUUGACAUCAAAGACAACGCUAUUUACAGUAUUCAGUACCCUCAACUUAAAAAGCUCGUUCUCAAACGAUGUGGAUGGUGGAUCCCACGCAACUCACCUGCGCUUGAGGAAUUGGAUAUCACAGCCGACACAAUCAGAACGAACGGCCAAGUACUUGAUACUAUACCACCACACUUCCAGAUACUCACGCUACGACUUGAUGGGGAAUUGAUACUUUCCGGCAAAUCGUCCAUUGGACGCUAUAUACGCCGUGUCGCUCAAGAAACGCAGCUGAAGGAGCUCGCGGUUCUUGUCAACAGCAAAAACAAUAUGAAUUGCAUUGGGGAAAUGCUUGAUGCUAUUUGCCGCUUGAAUACGCUUACACGUUUGGAAAUUGGUUUUGCAAAUGCUUGGGAUGGAUAUCAAAUGGAGAGGUUUCUUGACCAGCUUACCAAAGGAUGUCCUCAUUUAUCAUGCCUUGAGAUCAAAUGCCGCAAUGCACCAUCGACACAAGCAAUGAACACCUUGAAACGACUCACAUCCCUAAAAGAAAUGGCGUUUCCAAUCAAUCUCAUCGAUGACGACGGAUAG